AAACUGAUAGAAGUUUAACUUAUCAAUAUCAUGUGCAAGGAAUCGAAGAAGUAGCUAGAUGAUCACUUAUAGUAUUAAUAAAAGAAUAACCGGUACCUCUGCAUAAUGAGGUUUUGCAGAGGCUCGAAGCCCAUUACGACAAAGCACAGCGCAUCAUCGCGAAGUCUCAUUUUCAAGUUCGAGUUCCCUGAUAAGUUUUCAUGCUUUCAAAGAUAAAGGGGCCUAGUGGUGAUCAAAUUCAUGAUUUCCGCGACAAGAUAAGUGAUAAGAUCGAGUUUAUGGCCUGUCAAAGAGGAGUUCACAGUUUUUGUUUCACUAACAAAUCACCUUACCAUGAAACCAUUGACUUUGACGUACAUGUUGGCCACUUUUCCUACUAUGAGCAUUUUAGACCUUUGUUAGAUCAGACAUGCAAGCUAGAGGAGGCUCUUUACAACAUUCAAUUUGAACAGCAUUGGUUGGAGGCCCAGACUGAACGUGAUGGGUCCCAGUCAAAGCCUUAA